AUGUCGUCCACCGCUGUUCAAGCCUCUCGCAAGAUCGUCAAGUCGAUCCUCUCGCGCGAAACCCCCGAAGGCGCCGGAGCGAUCGUCCGUCGUUCGAUCGGCACCCCUCAACUGCGCAACUUCACCCCUUUCCUCAUGUUGGACCACUUCAACGUCGGCGAAGGUGGCUUCCCCGACCACCCGCAUCGCGGCAUGAGCACCAUCACCUACAUGUUGGAAGGCUCGUUCAAGCACGAGGACUUUAUGGGUCACGCCGGUACGAUCAAUGCUGGUGAUCUUCAGUUCAUGACCGCUGGCAAGGGUAUUCUUCACGCCGAGAUGCCCGUACGGGGACCUGGACUCCCCAACCCAAAAGGUCUUCAGCUCUGGGUCGACUUGCCCAAGGCGAAGCGCAUGACCGAGGCGUCGUACCAGGAGCUCAAGUCGUCGGAAAUCCCUUCUGCCCACCCCACAUCGAACACGACGAUCAAAGUUAUCUCCGGUACCGCUCUUGGCAACGAAUCCGAGGGUUCCGUCACCUCGCCCAUCAAACCACCUGGAGGAUGCUGGAUCUUUGACGUCACUUUCAAAGCCAAGGGCGAGCAAGUUUUCCAAGCGAUUCCGGCGGGAUGGAACGCGUUUGCCUACACGCUCGAGGGGCAGACCUUGAUCGGUGGCGACAGCAGCCUGACCAAGCCAACCGAUCCUUUCUACACCGUCGUCCUUUCUGCGGCCGAGGGCGAGCAAGGCAUUCGACUCGAAUCGGUGUCGGAAGGGUCGAGGUUGGUCCUCAUCGCCGGAGAGCCUUUGGAUCAGGAGAUUAUACAAUACGGUCCUUUUGUCAUGGUGAGUCUCGCGUUUCCAUCUUAAUCAGAUCGACCACAUGCGGUCGACUGGUCAUGUCCUGCUUGCUCAAGCGAAUGCAAUGACUGAUAACUUUUCGUCCUUUCUCGUUUCCGCGCCAUGCAAGGAUACUGAGCAAGGCAUCCGACAAGCCUUCCAGGACUUCCAGAUGGGCGUCAAUGGCUUUGAGAAGGCUCGUGGAUGGCAGAGUGAGAUUGGGAAGCCUUUACGAGGAGCCUAA